UUGCCCGUACAAUAUUCCCUGGCGCUAUACCUUGUUAGUACCUAUUUCAGAGUAACAUACUGAUCUUCGAGCGCGGGAUGGGAUGUCGGCUUCUUUUCAAGGCAAGAUGCGUCGGCGGUUGCUACCACUCACUCCCUUGCCAUUAUUCCAUUUGGCAUGAAUCAUGGAUGUCCAUUUCUUCAUCCCUCUUUCUUUCUCUCUCCCUCUCUCUCUCUCUCAUUUCCAACCUCCUCCGCAUCUCUUGGUCCUGUGUCAUCUCCCAACCCUCGACCUCUUAUCUCCCUCAUCAUCCAUAUGUUAACACUCAACCCAUAUUCUGCCCUCCACUCUUCUCUCUCCCACUCUCAUACUCUUUUCUCCCAGCCUGAAAACUCACUUCAAACGACUUGCUUGUAUGGAAAAAGAUCCUUGUCUUCCCUCCCCCCCCCCCCCCCCGGCUCAGACAUGUUGUUCUACCAUGACAUGGUUUUCCCAAGCUCGUUGAGUCCAAUAGGCAGUUGGGUUGGCUAUUGCACGUGCACGCAAAGGAAAAAAAAAGAGGAAAGCCGGGAGAGAGAGGGAGAGUGCACCUGCGGGCCCUUUUUUGUUCUUUUGUACCCCGUUCCUGAAAGCGUGUAAUUAGCUUUUGUGUGCGCGCGCGCACUCGCUCCGAAAGUGUGCCCCCAUUCUCAAUACCUAACAGAAUGUUCUACUCGUGGUCCUUGGG